AUGUUCACCAACGGUCUCUUCUCCUGGUUCUCCAAGGAGACCACUCCUAACCCUACCUCGGAUGCUACUGCUACCACUAGCAUCGAGAACCGUCAGCCUAUCAGCCCAAAGACCCCCUUCGCCGACGGCAUGAUCACCGAGCAGCCUAACUCCCAGGAGAACAUGAUGAAACUGCGUGGUGGCGGUGCCGGCGAUGUUUGCUGCGGCCUUUGCGCCGGUCUCCUCUGCUUCGAGUGCUGUGAGGAGUGCUGCUAA